UUUUCUCUUUAAUAGCGUUUUUAUUUUUUCUUUCAAAGAUAAAAGUACUAUUGUAUAACAUGAAAGAUAAAGCAAUUUGCAUUGGUACUAGGAAAAGCAUUAUCAUCUGCGAUAAAGAAAUGUUAUAUGUUAAACAUCUUUUGCUAUAUCUAAUAAGAAAAUUGAUUAAUAUAAGUUUCAUAGUCAUUGCUUAAAGAAGUUGAAUGAUUAACUAUGUGUUUGAUAUAAUGAAAUUUGUUAAGAAAUUGCUUUGAAAAUAUAGCCACAAAAGUCUUAGAGGUUAGAAUUUUUAAACUUAAAAAUAGAUUAACAUACUAAUUGUUGUGAUGUUAAGAAGUGAUUACAAAAGAUGUUAAAAAUCAGAAGCUGAAAACAAUGUAUCAACAAAAAGUACAUCCUACCCAAAGGAAUCUUAUACAUGAAGGCAUUAUACAAAUUGGUGCUGGUGGUUCUGCAGGCUUUGUUGAAGUUUGUAUAAUGCAUCCAAUGGAUCUUGUCAAAACACGAUUUCAACUUCAAGUUAGAAUGCAAACAGCAGAUGCCACUUAUUACACAGGCAUUAUAGAUUGUAUGCAUAAGAUGUAUAAAACUGAAGGUAUUACUGCACUGUGGAAAGGAUUGCUUCCACCAAUUAUUGUAGAAACACCUAAAAGAGCAGUGAAAUUCUUUACAUUCGAACAAUAUAAACAGUUCUUUUUAUUUGGUGCUACAUCACCUACUCCUUUGACAUUCUCAUGUGCUGGCUUCUUUGCUGGAGUUACCGAAGGAAUUUUGGUAAAUCCUUUUGAAGUUAUCAAAGUAAAGCAACAAUCAGAUCGUAUAGGAAGACCAUCAACUGCUAUUGUAAUAAGAGAAAUUAUAUCAAAAUAUGGAUUUGGAUUAAAUGGUCUUUAUAAAGGAUUAUCUGCCACUAUAAUGAGAAAUGCUGUAUUUAAUUCUUUUUAUUUUGGAUUUUAUCAUUCUGUAAAAAAUUACGUACCAGUAAAUAAAGAACCCUUUCUUGAAUUCAUAACUAAGGUCAGUCUUGGUUUUGUGUCAGGUACAGUAGCUUCUUGUUUGAAUAUACCUUUUGAUGUUGCUAAAAGUCGUAUACAAGGACCACAGGGAAAUAUACAAUACAAGGGAACACUAAACACUAUAUGCAUUAUUUAUAAAAACGAAGGUUUCAAAGCUUUAUACAAAGGUUUAUUGCCAAAAGUAUUGAGAUUGGGCCCAGGAGGAGCCAUUAUGCUUGUAGUUUAUGAUUAUAUGCAUGAAUAUCUUACUAACAAGUUUUCAUAUUGAUUUUUAUGUUACAUGCUGUAUACGAUAAGUAUAUAAUAUUAAAUAUAUUAAUAAGUAAUCUAUA